AUACUUUACGCAUCAGUAAUGAGAAGACUGCACCAAGGUUUGAAACCAGUCUUUCUCAUUCUUACUUUAUCAUUCAUUUACCGAUCUAUUAGGUUUUAAUUGUGUCAUGUUUCCAUUAUGAUUUCUUGGUGAUCAUUAGACUAUGUUUUUGUGUUUGCAUUUAAUUAAUUAGUUAAAAAAUUAAAAAAUGAUUUUAUUAAAAUAUUAUACUUUUACAGUGGUAUUUUUGACGCAAUGUUUGGUUUAUUUAGCCUUCCCUCCAGAUAUGCUGCCGGAUGUUUCGGAAAUUUAUUUAAACGAAGGUGAUCCGUUGGAGAUAAAAUGUUUGAGUUUCAAAAAAAUGCAAUUUUAUUAUCCAUCUAAUAUAUCUAUUCAGUAUUACACAUCUCCAGUUGUUAUACACGAAGAUGAUGCCGCAGGAAUACUGAGUGCUACAUUAAAAAGAGAUUCUACUGUUCAUGGAGAUACUGGAUGGUAUGGAUGUGCUGACGUUGACGUAAAGAUCACACCUAACUCUUACGAUGAUCCUGACGUCAAAUGGACCUAUGUUUAUGUUAAAUCAAAUACAAGUUGGUUUGUAAAUAGUGAAGAUUUUGAAUCAAUACAAGAGGAAUCGGGAAAUUCAGUUAUAUUAGGAUGUCGCCCAACUUCCCCAUCUUAUACAGUACAGCUUUAUGAUAAUUAUGACAGCGAAGUUUAUGAAAACUCCAAAGUAUCUUAUGAUCCAAAGUUAGGAUUUACUUUAAAAAAUAUCACUCUAAAAGAUAGUGGAUACUUCAGAUGUGUUAUUCGAAAUGAUGAUGAUGAUGAGCAAGAAGUUAAUUUUCAUCUUUCUGUUAUUAGAAGACAACGUCUGCUUAAUCAACCAAAAAUAAUAGAAAAUACAUUGCGUCAUGUUGUUCGGGGUCAAGAACUUCGAGUCAAUUGCACGAUUGAUAUUGAUCGUGAUAUACUGAUGACAAUGAAUUGGACUACUCCUCAGGAGUCAAGUAGAAUAUCAACAAUUUUCUCAAGAAAAGCAUUCGGAACUAAUACAAUGAUUGCCACCAAUGAAUUAGUAAUUAAGGAUGUUGCUUAUGAGGAUGAAGGAGAAUAUGCGUGUACUGUAAAAACAUUUUCAGCAACUAGAACAACUAAAACAAAUAUUACAGUACAUGAUCCAGCUAAUAAAUACAUCAAUCUUGUACCCCAAAAUCCUGAGAAACAUUAUCAGAAGAACUAUGGUGAAAAAAUUACGUGGGUAGUAGACGUAGAUGCAUAUCCACCUCCUAAAUUGAAAUGGUUAGAUCCAAAAGAACGAGUGAUAACAAGCCCUUGGAAUGAUCCAAAACGUGGAGUAAAUACAACUGCAACUUCAACUAUGCUAAGAAUAAAUAGUUUAACUGUUGAUGAUAUGGGUUUAUAUACACUUGUUGCAUCUGUAACUGACAAGCUUGUAACAUUAAAUUUCACCUUAGAAGUAUUGUCUAAACCGUUGAUAGAUGACCUAAAGCGAGUCCAGCCUUACUACAUGCCUCAUACUCUAGCGAAAAUUGAAUGCCAUGCUGCAGCUUUUCCUCCACCAAAUAUUACUUGGAGUUUUGCACAACAUCUUAAUAACGAUUUAUCAUCUGUAAAAAAAUCAGCUUUUAAACCUAUCACAAAUAUAUCAACUGAAACGGAUGUAACAAAAACCACAUCUUUAGUCACCAUAUGGAUUGAAACAACUGGAACUCUCAGGGCCCAAGCUUGCAAUGUUCUUGGUUGUGAUUCAAUUGAACAAACUAUUUUUGUAUCUGACAUACCUGAAGGAUUUAGAAUUAUUGAACCCGAUCGCGAUUUUGCUACUGGUGAUGAUGUAGAAUUAGUUUGUGGUGCCUCGAUUUAUAAUUAUACAAAUGACAUCGAGUGGUUAAAUGAAGAUGAUCAGCCUCUGAAUCGAACUGAUCGUUUAUCCAUUGUUAAAUCUACAACCCCAUACACUUAUCGAUCAACCUUAAGAAUAAACAAUGUUGAAAAGUCUGAUGCUAAAUUGUACGUUUGUAGUGCAAUAAGUUUUGACACAAUGAGUGGAGAUAGUUCAAUAGAACGAUAUGCUUAUGAGCUCGUCAUACAUGAUCCAAAAUAUCCGUUCUUUGUCUCUACUGAAAAUAUGAAUGAAACAGAAGUGGUAUAUGAUCUGGAAACGGCGAAUGAUUUAAAUAUCGUACUUAAAUGUUAUAUUGAAGGAAUGCCUGAACCAGUCAUCUCUUGGUGGAAAGACGGAGUGUUAAUUAAUGAAACUGAAGAACUAUAUACAUUUUUAAAUCAUAAUCAAGAGCUUCAUAUUGAACAUCCUCGUGAAAAAAAUAGUGGAAAGUACCUUUGUAGAGGUGAAAAUCGUUUGGGUUAUGUAGAAACAUAUCAAACUAUUAGAAUUAAAGGAGAAGAAAUUUCUAAAGUUUUAAUAAUCUCAAUAAUAAUUUUGGUUAUUUUUUGUGUGGCUCUUAUAAUUUAUUUCUCCAUUAAAGUACAUCGUGAAAAGGUGAUAAGGAAGCAAUUAAUGGAAGCAGGUUUAACACACUUUGAGGAAGGAGCUAUUGAAUGUUUGAACAGUGAAUUAACAAUAGACGAUCAAGCUGAAUUACUUCCUUAUGAUAAGAAAUGGGAAUUUCCUAGAGAGAGAUUAAAACUUGGUAAACAAUUAGGAUGCGGUGCUUUUGGAGUAGUUAUGAAAGCAGAAGCUCAAGGAAUUAGUGAAAAUGAGCCAACAACAACGGUAGCUGUCAAGAUGGUACGACGUUCCACAGAACCAACAUAUAUCCGAUCACUUGCUAGUGAAUUAAAAAUUAUGGUUCAUCUUGGAAAACAUUUAAACGUUGUAAACCUUUUGGGUGCUUGUACAAAAAAUAUUGCUAAAAGAGAACUUUUGGUGAUUGUAGAGUACUGUCGUUUUGGUAAUUUACACAACUACUUGUUAAGACACAGAAAUGAUUUCAUCAAUCAAAUUGAUCCUGCAACAGAAAAAAUUGACCCUACAAUUGGCCGAGAGUUAUUAGUACGAUCUAUCAGUAUGGGAAGCAAUAACAGGAUAAAAUACGCAGCUUUAUCAUUUUCUCGUAGCAUAAGCAUAAAUUCCAGCAACGGUCCGGCAAUUGUCAGUUAUACUCCUGGAACUGAUUCUCAAGAUCAAACCACUAUGUCCGGUGAUGCCCCUGUUCUCAGUAAUAAUUCCAUUCAACCUGGAUGGAGAUCAAAUUACCGUGGAGAUUAUAAAGAUUAUAAUUUGAAACCUAUUUGUACUCAAGAUUUAUUAUCAUGGGCUUUCCAAGUUGCUCGAGGAAUGGAAUAUUUAAGUCAGAGAAAGGUUCUUCAUGGAGAUUUAGCUGCAAGAAAUAUUUUAUUGGCUGAAGACAAUGUUGUAAAAAUUUGUGACUUUGGCUUAGCUAAAACGAUGUACAAAGAUGAUAAUUACAAGAAAAAAGGAGAUGCUUUAUUGCCUAUCAAAUGGAUGGCAAUUGAAUCAAUACGAGAUCGAAUAUUUUCAACACAAUCUGAUAUUUGGUCUUUCGGUAUUGUUUUAUGGGAAUUUUUCACACUUGCAAAAACACCGUAUCCAGGAAUGGAAGCUGAGAAACAGUAUCAAAAACUAAUUGAAGGAUAUAGGAUGGAAAAGCCAGAGUAUGCAACUGAAGAAGUAUAUGAUAUAAUGCUUCAAUGUUGGAAAGCGAAACCUACUGCCCGUCCAUCAUUUACAGAGCUAGUAGACAACAUUGGAAGUUUGUUAGAUGAAAGUGUUAAAAUGCAUUACGUCGACUUAAAUGCACCAUAUAUGGAUAUGAACACGGCAUUCUUUGAAAGUCGAAAGAAUGAUUAUUUGACGAUGAUGUCAGCUCCAGAUCAUGACACUUUGUCAUCACCAACUAGAGAAUAUGUUAAUUCUCCAAGUAUACCAUUGAGUCCUGCGACUGACACUUCUUACAUCUGUAUGAGUCCAUCAGUUAAACAGAGAGAUGAAUCUGGUAUAUUUAGUCCACUAAGUAUGUCCGAGAGUACACAUUUCAAUUUUCCACCAUCAGACAACAGAGGUAUCCAUUCGGAUUCUGAUUCAGAAGCUGUUGAGUUAUCUCCAAUGCUUAAAAGUGAAGAUGACAAUUAUUUAACACCGAUAAAUGUCCACGAACGGCGUGCUGAAUUCGUUAGACAGCGGGCUGCUAUGAAACAAGCAGCAAAAGAUAAAAUAAUGGAAAGAGAUUCUGGAUACUGUAAUACUCCACAAAAUUUACGAUUUAUAGAUCUUCAUAAUGAAGACUUGAGAGAAGAAGUUGAUGGUAAUGAAAUAGAUGAUAAAAAACCAAAUAAAAAUAUUUCAAACAAUUAUACACCAGGUAUUAUUAGAACACAAGAUAAUUAUGUUAAUAUGCCUAGAAACAAAAAUGAAUUAAAUAAGGACAUUCCUGAAUGUUUUACCAAUCCUAGUUAUAUAUUCGUAACUAACGAAAAUAAUCAGGCUAAAAUCUGAUUAUUUUUAUAGCCAUCAAGUGCCAUUACAAAAUAAUCAUUUUUAUACCCGUGGUAAAAAAUUAAUGAAUUUAUAUUCCAAUACUCGAAUUUAUUAAUACGUUGAAUAA